AUGGAGGAAUUCCUAGGGGAAAUGUUUCUUCAAGCCGAGAAUGGAAGCCAAUCGUUCCACAAACGCUUCGUACACAAGCCAAUAACGGGAAGAAACUCUAUCAGGCUGAUCAAACUGGAAUCAGUACGCAAGCGAAGCUUACAUUCCAAUAGUUACAACCGGAACGUAUUUGGAAUUGUGGAAAGAUCGCUUGACGACUUGAAUCUCGAAUAUGUCACUCUGUCCUACGUCCGGGGUAAUCAGAGCAAAGAUUCAGCCCUCGUAUUACGUGGACAUGACGGGGACUGCAUCUUCCCAGUUACUGCGAGCCUUUGGGAUGCUGUCAAUAUCGUCGUUCCAAGUUUGGUCUCAAUGCACGGAAAAUCAAUCCUUCUCUGGGCAGAUCAAGUAUGCAUUGAUCAAUCGAACGACGAGGAGGUAUUAGAGCAGUUCAAACUCGUGGGUCGAAUAUAUCGACAGUGUUGGUGCUGUGUAAUAUGGCUUGGACCUGCCGACGACGACACCGAAGCUGCGUUUACGCUCUUGCGCAGAAUUGAAGCGGUAAUGCCGUUCAACCAACCUAUCACCUUUAACACGUACGAAGCACGUACCUCAACCCAUUCACAAAUACGCCAAAUGCUGAUCCAGCAUUACGGAAAGGAUAUUCUACCAUCACAAACGGAUCCGGGGUGGGCUGCGUUUGGGAAGUUGCUCCAGAGAGAAUGGUUUUCUAGAUUGUGGACAUUUCAAGAAGCUGUGUUGUCAUUCCGAGGCAACAAUGUCGUUAUUUGCGGCCGAUACAAUGCUCCCUUUGUCACCGUGAUGAGAGCUUCGAUUCUCCUCGGCCUUGAUCACUCAUUUGGCGUCAAUCACAGUAAUGGCAGAGUUAGCCUACAACGAAUCUCUGAUACUAGACACGCCGUUGCACACCAAAAGCCGACUCCGUUGGCGUGGCUCUUGCUGAAUAAUGAUUUCUAUAAAUGUAGCAAUCCGGCAGAUCGGAUCUACGUUUUGCUUUCGAUGCAAAACGAAGUCGGGGACGGGCCUUUUGAACCCAUCGCCGUUGACUUGAAGAAGCCGGCGCGCCAAUUGUAUAUCGAAACAUCCAGAAACAUCAUUCGCUCGCAAAAUUCCCUUCGCAUUUGCGCGACUGCAACUGAAAGAGAGUUCGGCGGUCAGGUCAGCGACCUACCGUCAUGGGUUACUGAUUGGUCUACUCGAGCAGCUAACAAUGCUUUCGAAUAUCUGAACCCAGCGUAUGCUUACUUCAGCGCUGAUCUUCGGCGUCCGCAUAGAGACGUUGUCGUGAGUAAAGAGAUCCUUCGCGUGCAAGGAUAUAUCGUAGACACCGUUGCUGAACUUAUUGAUAUCCAAAUAUCAGACUUCACGAGUUCACAAACCCUUGAAGAUCGGCUACGGGAUGAAAUACUUCCGAUCCUGAAGACGUCUUUUCGCUCCCACCCUACUGGCUUGACUUUGGCCCAAGAAAGUCAUAGAAUCAUUAAAACAAUUACUUUAGACGGGUAUACUCGUCAGACAGCCACUGGCGACUUCGAGCUACCAGCUGACGCUUGGAGCGAAACAACUUGUGACCAUAUGAUAAAUCAAAUAUUAAGGCUAUCGGUGCGAAGUGAUCUCACGGUCACGGCUAGCCUUGAAAAAUGGCUAGCUGCUCUCGCGUGGCAGUCGAGAGCUUGCAUCAACCGCAGAUUUGCUAUGUUGGAAAGCCAUUCACUUGCGCUUGUUCCACAAGCAACCAAGAUUGGAAAUGCGGUCGCAAUUCUCCACGGAUCAACUUUGCCUUACGUUUUGGAAUUGAAACCUGUGUGCAGAAUGAUUGGCGUUUGUUUCGUAGACGGCCUUAUGCAUGGUGAAGAGGGAGAUCGAGACGCUACACCCAUUGAUAUUUAUUGA